AUGUGCAUGUCAGACAACAGCUCACAGUUUAUUUCGCAUGAAUUUAAGGAGUUCAGUCAUCAGUGGAGUUUCGCUCUUGUGACAAGCUCCCUGACAUACCCUCAGAGUAAGGGGAAAGUUGAGGCAGCUAUCAAGUCAGCAAAGGCAGUUAUCAAGAAAUCUAGAAAGGCCAAGACAGAUCCUUAUCUUGCACUUCUUGAAUACAGGAACACACCCAGUCAGGGAAUGGACAAUAGCUCAGUGGUACAACUCAUGAGCAGACAGACAAGAACCCAAGUCCCUACCUUACCACGGCUCCUUAGACCAGUAGUUGAUCAUAAUGUCCAUGACAAGCUGCUAAUCAACAAGGAACAUCAAGCAAGUAAUUACCACAAGGGAGCCAAAGAUACUGAAGAGCUUAAAAGCGGAGAUACAGUGCAUUUAAUUCCUUCUUGA